AUGGCAGCAACUAUAGAUCUCUCUCAGCUUCCAGACAUUAGCGACCAGCUGGUCACGCCAGACAACCCGGCCCGCGACUCAGCAGAAGGGAUGGAUGUCGCCCGCUGCGUUGCUCUACACAACUACCUGGUUCACUAUGCCUGGGUGGCCCAGGGCCGUUCGCCAGAUUCUCUGCGCCGAAAUAGCUAUACCUAUUUUGCAGUCAAAGGCGAUGCUGCAGAGGCUAUCCGUCCUAGGCUUCACCCGUCGCUGGCGGCUUUCCUAGACACAGCGAUACUGCCUCUUUACCAAUACCGUCCCUCUGGAUACCUGUUCUACUACGCUCAUUAUUUCAAUGACCCGCGAUAUCUAUUCGACAACGACGCGGCCGACCUGCAGGAUAUGCCAGCGGAUAGUCUGGUGAACCUCUACUCAGGCGGGAUGGAGAUUGAAUCCGGCGGUGGUUUGUUCUACCAUCAAGGCUCCCAUUGCGCCGUGGUCUUUAUGCAUAUGGAUGCCCAUGAUCAAGCAUUCCCCAUUGAGGCUCAUGAGGAGCUCUGGCACCCAUUUGAGACGGUGCUCUCUAACUGGAUCAACCUGAUACAUAUCGGCAAAGUUGUAGGCUCGCUCCCUGAUGAGCCAGGCUUGUUCGACUGUGAGAAGUUCAUGUGCUGGGAGUGGCGGCCCUACAGUGAUGCUCAGGUCGAUACUUGCAUCGCUGCGUGGGACCGGUUGUGUGAAGCCAUCGAGGCGCGCAUCUCGAGCAGCACGGCCGGUAGGGCGGUUGAUAAUAAGGAUAAUGAUAAUAAGGAUAAUAAUAACCGCCGUAAUUCAGGGUUAGUCCCCCAGGCCGUCCUGGAUGCUGCUUCAGUGCCUGAUCCCGGCUUUGCGCGUGCCUUUCUGACUCGUGCACGACGGCCGCUAUUCCAUCGCAUUGCUCCAGGGCUUGUCUUGCCCGCAAUGGACGAGGCUGGAUUUGCGGAAGAACAACCGUACACCCGCCUGCCUCGUUCCUCGCCUUACUCAAUACCGCCCGUCUGCCUUUUCCCCGCUGCCGGGGAACAUCUGGUCAAGUUGACAAGCAUGACGUGCGCAUUUACUGAUGACUUUAGUGCAUCGUCUGUUCAUUCAAAUAUUCCACCCCGAGUGAAUGCUGGUGUCUAUAGUGAGUCUGUUGAGCGGAAUCGAGUCGACAACGCGGAGGAAGGAUUUCGGCUGUUACUUCCCUUCAGCUUUAUGGAGCGUGAUUGGGAAAACACUGGUUUAGGCGCGCGGAAGAGCGACGGGUCUCUUGCGGGCGCGGAUUCACCAGGGAAUGUGGGAUGCCUCUUUCAGCAUGGAUACAAACCGUUUGGCGGCGAAAACUUGCGCCCCCAGCGGCUGGAAUGUUUGUUCAAUUGUUGGCGCAAGCUCAUAGUCGAUAGCGUCUGGUCGGUUGGGCCGGAAGGGGUGGAAGGCACCCUUGAUACGUUCAGGGAAGCCGACGGAGAGCGUUGGAGGCACUAUUACAUCCCGCCCUCAUGGUAA